CUCAUGGAGCUCUGUGAACUGCAACUAUAUCCUGAGGACGAUACUUGGCCAUCUGAUAUCGAUACACGUAUCGCACAACUCGAUUUCGGUGGUGAUUCGGCUUUAUUCGCUUCAAGUUCCGUUAGUACUGAUUCCUUGGAUUCGGAACAAUUACGGGAACGAUGUCGUCAUCGAACCGAAGAUUUCCAAUUAACAUUUGCCGAUUCGGGACAUUGGCAAAGUGGCCAACUUACCACGUGGGGACGAAUUCGUUCCACUGAACCGCUUGACGAAACAACUGCCAGUGCACCAAACGUGGUAACUCGUCCACCCACAACACCAUCGACCACAACCAGCAACCAACGUCCGACCAGUCUUCUGGCGAAUUUUAAUGGCGGCGGUGUCGGUCGUUACGUGGACGUCAACGAUAACGAAAUCCAACUUGAAGCGACGAGCGCCUCCACAUCUCAGGACCGUUGGCGAGCCGCUCGACCGGCGGCGUCGUCAGCUCCGACGAGCGGUGGCGGUUUCGUCCGCACGUCGGCGCCGGCGAAACCACGUCGAACGUUCGCCGAUCUGCAUAAGUCAAUCGCACCCGAGCUGCGAUUUCUCGCUCUUCCGCAUCAGAUUCCAACAUUAUGUGAGUCGUCGACGAUGUCGUUGAGUGACGUGAUGCUAAAAGUCCAACGUGAGGGCAUGCCUCCAUUGACGUCCGACCUCGAUUUACCAUUACCAUCGUUGCUUCAGGAAGAUUCUCCAGAUUCUGGCCUGGGUUGCAGUGGACCAGCGCACAUCGAGGACUGGGCCUCGCUAUCGAUUUUGCUUCCAAAGCACGUUGCCGAGGCAUGUUCAUUCUUCAAGUCGAACGCUCAGCUAUUAAGUUCUUCAUCGUCACACUCCAAUUGUAUCGAACGAAAACGUACCGAACCGUGUAGGACGUGCUUCCGAGUGCGUAGAAGAAUACAUCCGCCGAAUUGGGCUCAUUCGACCGCAUCGCGUCAUGUGUUGUGCGACUGCUCACCGGAUCGACCGGAGACAUCACACGAGCUUAUGCCAAGGAGUAGAAGUCAGCAGAUCCGAGCGCGAGAAUUGUCUGUGGUUGGUUUACCGAUCUACUCGACAAAACGUUCAUUAGUUGAAGCAGUCGUCGAUGCUGUCGCAGCCAUCGCCCGAGGCGACGAGCCAAAUUUGUUGUUCACCGCUUUAGCAGCGUUGGUAUCCGAUGGACUGAAAGAUGACAUCUCCUCGUGGAGUAUGAUACGCACCGUUACUGCACCAGGCCCUGCCACGAAAGACGUUUAUUCUAUCGUGAACAAAUUGGAUUCGAGCGAGAAGUCCGAAAAUUCUCGUGUUGAACAGUUUUUCGAAGAGCUUUUUAGGGAAAAUUCUCUAGAUUGCUGGUUGUGUUACGUUAUUUUGAAGGAGAACGUCCUCCGUCGUCUUUAUUCACCAGGCAGCUUUCUAUUGGACGCUCCCACGGCUUAUCGAACGCUAUUAUGGCGGCUUGUCGACGCGCUUGCCCUUAUUCCAGUGUUAGAGGUUCGAGAAUGCUCACAACCACAUCAUACGCAAUCGAUGCUCUGGAGUGGUCCAUGUAGACUACCGGCCGAUUCGCGAGUUCCAAAAAGUUCGUCAGUACCGGCCCGAUUUGGAGCAGCGCCUUCGCAUAGGGCCAGAGGGUCACUUUCUGUUCAUCGCGUGAGCAUGCAUCGGACGCUUUCGCCAAUGGCGACGGCGGCAAUCACCGCAUCGCCGCUCGCUUCUGUGAUUGCGGACUUGUGCGAGCCCGGUCUGUUGGUGGUGUCGCGCGGCGAACGCGUGCGAGUGCUAUCGCGUCGAGGCGACGUCGCUCGCUGUUGUCGCGUACACCGCCGUCGUGAUGUCGUCUCCACUGGCAUCGUGCCGCUGGGCAAUCUUCUCAUACGAUCAUGA